AUGAAUCGACAGUUGGAGGAUAAAAUCUGGUCGUCUCGUCCGGAAGUGGAGGAGCGGCCGGAAGGGUGGCAGAGAUCUUAUCCAGAGGGCAACGGUUGGCAAGACUUUCAGCAAGACUAUUAUCUUCGCUACCACCGCCGUCCUCCCGAUUCAUUACGAAUGUGGCUGCAAUAUGCCAAGGACAACAAGUGUAAUGAGAGGGAUUUCUACACUUACAUCGAAGAAGAUUUGAAGUCAUACCGAGAACAAAUCAACCGAACGGGAUCUCCCUUGCGCUAUCCGGAUGUCAUUUCUUCGGGGCAGAGGCUAACAGACAACUACAUUGCCUUCACACUUGAAAACCACCAAUUGAACGUGGUUGCUUCCCACAAUAUACAUUUGAAUUUUGUUCAACAAAGCAUGAUAGAAAGGAACAUUCGAAAACUCUUGCUGCCGCUACUGGCACAUCAACCUCCAUUCCAAUCAGUCUUGUUCUUUGAUCUACACGAUCAUCCAUCCCGUGGCACUACCAGUGAUACCCUUCCUUUGUUUUCUGUUUGUAAAAUGAGAUACAUGACCGAAGACAAGCGCCCACCAUCGGAUGCUCAAUUGGCUACUUUCAUGGAUCAAUCAUUCACACCAUCCGUGCUGGGACAACGACACCAAUACACCCGUCUGCAGGCCGACGCUUCCAUUUUUCAUCCCGAAUUCACAGAUUCCUAUGAUUCUCGGGGCAUUAUGGUCCCCUACCAUUUUGGGCUCAAUGAUGAUGAGGAAGCAUCACCCAAUCCCUCCAUGCCAGCCUUGAAGGAUCGCAAGGAUGCCAUUGUAUGGAGGGGUUCGACCACUGGCUCGGAGUGGGGCGUUUCGCCAAGAUUUCAUCUCGUGGAACGAUUUGGAGGCAACGAUGCGCAUCCCAUUGCACUCAGUGUCCCCGUCAUUGCCGACUUUGCCUUUGUAGAUAUUGUUCAAAACUACACAGACAAACAUACCAUGUCACCGCAUUGGCGAGUCUCCCGUCGCAUGGAACCCGAAGAGGCGCAACUCUUCAAGUACAUUAUGGAUGUGGAUGGAAAUUCGUUUACGGCUCGAUUCCCCAGAUUGCUCAGGCUUGGAUCUGUCCUUUUCAAUCCACACGUUAUCGGGAAUGGUUCUCAGAACGGCUCCGUCCUUUUGUGGACUAUGUUCCAGUGA